AUCAACAUUCCUGCGCCCGACAGAUUGGCAUUGCGGCAUCACCAACGCCAAGAUGCUAUCCCGUCGGAUUGUGCGGGUGUCGCCUUUCCGAGCGGCUGCCCUCCCCGCAACCGCGCGACGACUCCCCUUGAUCCAGCAACGAACAUUCCUCCCCGAGUCCAUGGUCGGCAGGAGCAAGAUUGAAGAAAAAUACCCCGACUCGGACUACCCGACGCUCACGCCUGAGGAGGACCCGGAGAUGAACGGCGGCUACAUCAACCCUCCGCGCAUCAAGCGCCAGUUCCGCGAUCCCCAUGCCGACUGGUGGGAUAAGCAGGAGCGGAGAAACUUUGGCGAGCCGGUACACGAAGACCACGAUAUCCUGGGCAUGUUCUCGCCGUGGGAGUACACCUGGAUCACGCCAGGCAAGGGCCUGUUUCAGAUUGGCUGCUUCAUCGCCGUCUUCCUCAGCGUGUGCUACGGCGUAAAGUUGACGUACCCGGACAGGGUCAGCUACCCUCGCGAGUUUGAGGGCGGCCUGGAGAGAGAGCUGGGCGGAGCGGGCGGCGUCAGGGCAAGUCGAAGCCCCGGCCAUUGUGGGAGCAAAUUGCUAACCGUGCAGUUCAGGCGAGGAUGGAGGGCGAUGAGGACCCGUAAAUUCUAUUGUGGAAGACUCGGAGGCUGCGUGUAUUUGAGUAGCAAAGCUAACAUGUCAAUCAUGUCAUUUUUGUCACCGUGUUUGACGGCACAGUGUCCCACAGCUUUGGACGCUCCUGUAUGUGAAUGAUCUUGCCUGGGCUCCAAGUUUAGGGAACAAGGAACAGAAGAAAGCCAGGCAGCGGUCCUGCCUCUUGGUUGCUUCUAGCUUCCACAGCUGAUAUUUGUUAUGCAUACUAGGUUCAACUUCAAAACUGUUCUGCAAAGUAGGUUGCGCCCAGCAAGCGCAAACGAGGC